AUGGCACCCGCAUGGCACCUGAUGAUUUAUCAUGAGAUUCUCAUCCAUUCACAGGCAAUGGAUAAGUUGCUCCUUCGGCGUGGCUUUGCCUCGUCUUCUCGUUCACUUCAUAAAACCGUAGACAAGAAAGCUGCCGCUGCUAAAAAGUAUCAUGGCGAUAACGUCAAAUAUGGCUCUCUUUCUAGAGCCCAGAGAGCAUUCCUCGACCGAGUGGUACGAGUCGAUCAGGCUGGCGAGCUUGGAGCAGAUUACAUCUACUUUGGCCAGUACACCGUGCUAGCAAGCAAGUAUCCACACUUGAAGCCGGUCCUACAACAUAUGUGGGAUCAGGAAAUCCACCACCAUAACACAUUCAACAAGUUGCAAACCGAACGCCGAGUGCGCCCCUCAUUACUUACUCCACUCUGGAAAGCCGGAGCUUUUGGCAUAGGUGUAUCUACCGCACUCAUAGGUAAAGAAGCUGCAAUGGCGUGCACUGUGGCUGUUGAAACGGUAAUUGGAGGACAUUACAACCAACAAUUACGAGUUUUGAUGAACCAGUUUAAUGAUGUACCCGUCUAUGACAAGGAAACGGGAGAAAAGCUUAAGGAGGCAGACUUGCCGCGAGAUGUAGCGACUUCGUCUGAAUUAAGAGAACUUAAAAGCUUGAUUAGCCAGUUUAGAGACGACGAACUUGAGCAUUUGGACACGGCCAUUGAACAUGAUGCCGAAAAGGCUGUUCCGUACCUUUUGUUGACCGAGGUGAUCAAAUUGGUUUGCAGAGGAGCCAUCUGGACCGCCGAAAGGGUAUAA